AGCGGAAACGGAACAAUGUUAUAUGGGCGGAAGCUUACCCUUACAGUGUUAACGAUGGUGUUCAUGGAUAUCUAAGUAAGUUUAUUUUUGAGCUUGCUGAAAACGAUGGACUUCAGACAGCUAGAGCUAAACCCAAGGAUUAUAAGUGCGGCCAAGAAAGCGAACUUGAGAUCAGCGCGAGACAUCUUGGGUCUGUCGGGUCCAGAUCUGCAGCGCCUGACUCGACUCUCCAUGUCCGACGUGCAGCGUUUGCAAGCCGCUGUCGCUGUCGCCUACCGAAGGUCGCCGCCGGUUACUGCACUGCAGCUGUAUCGAGGAGAGUGUCCGGCUCUGGAGCCUCGUCACCGGCUGACUUUGGGAUGCCCGACUCUAGACCGUCUGAUGCGCGGAGGAAUCCCGCUGAGCGGCAUCACGGAGCUGGCAGGGGAAAGCGGCGCUGGGAAGACGCAGAUCGGCCUGCAGCUAUGCCUAACUGUGCAGUACCCUCAGGUGCAUGGGGGACUGGGUUCGGGGGCUGUUUACAUCUGCACAGAAGAUACCUUUCCCAUCAAGCGGCUUCGCCAGCUCAUUACCCAGCAACCUCGGCUCAGGCCAGAGUUGCCAACAGACCUUCUGCAUGGCCUUUGCUUCAGUGACAACAUCUAUAUUGAACACGCUGCAGACCUGGGGGUGUUGCAGACUUGCCUUUCUCAGCGUGUACCUAUCCUACUGGCUCGUGGACUGGCACGGCUGGUGGUCCUGGAUUCAGUUGCUGCUCUCUUCCGCUGUGAGUUUACAGCAGAGGAGUCUUCAGAGAGGGCCCGCCAUCUAGUGGCCUUAGCCAGUACUCUCCAGCGCUUGAGUCACUCCUUCAAUGCACCAGUACUCUGCAUUAACCAGGUGACAGAUGUUGUAGAGCACUGUGAUGCAUCUCAAUUUCGUUGUGGGCUGGUGGAGUCCCCUGUACUACCUGCCCUAGGCAUGGCCUGGGCAAACCAGCUGCUGGUGCGGCUGAUGAUGAGGCGGCUGGGGGGUGUCCCCAGCCUAGAGGCAGCGAUUGGUGUCCCCCGGAGACUGGAGGUGGUGUAUGCACCACACCUCCCACGGGCAUCCUGCCUCUGCCACAUUGGUGAGGAGGGUGUGAGAGGAGACCUCUCUCCAGACUCCGCCCACAUUGUGUCAUCUCACAUGGACCUGUGAGGAAAAGCAGAGGUACAAAGUCAUCAGUGAGGCUCCUCUCAAUGACUGCCAGCAGUCUUAACACUUCAGCUAACUGAGGGCUCGACUCCUCCAGUAACUCACCAGGUGGAAUCAGUGGAGGGGGCACUGUGGUCAUUUCUCCUGGGAAUACAGACCACAAGAUGGAGAGAGCCCAACAGGGAGUGCUAGUGAAACUGCCUGGAAGACAGAGUAAGAAAUGAUGAUAUUUCUUGCAUCAACUAAAGUGCACUUUUUCUGAUACAAAUACUUAUGACUUUCACAAGUCUGAAUAAAAUAAUGAUGCACACAGCACCUUUGGGCCCACAGUCCCAGCAUCCAACAGAACCGGAUGGAACUGGAAGGCCAAGAUGAAGAAUUGCACCCUCAAGCUCCUGUUGCGUGGUUAAGUGGCAUUAGUUUACUUGAUUUUCAAGGAAUUUCUCUAUUGUCAUUUUUUCUAUUUUCAACUGUUCUGGUCUUUUGAAAGGCUGUAUUUUCUUUUAAAAAUGUAAAAUAUCCUGUGCCACAAUGCACUUUUAAAUAUUGCGUUUUAAUCCCAGGUUAUAAUAAAAAGCUACUUUAAGAGGUGUUACUCUA